AGCUUCAGGCUCCGGGCCCCCCGCUGUUUUUUUUCCCUCGCGGCCCGCUCGCCGCAGACGCCUCCCGCGCCGGCAGCCGCCCGGCCGCGGAGGCCACGGCGGGCCGACCACCGCUGAGGUCCGCCAGCGAUGGGCUGCGCCAGCGGAAAGCCGGAGCAGGGCCAGGGCCAGGUGAGACAAGGUGCCAAGGCCAAGACGGGGGCCGACGCGAUCGUGAAGCCGAUCAAGGACGGCGGCAUUGGCCAUGCCCAGCUCAUCUACGACAACCCGGGCAAGAUUACGGAGUUCUACGACGUUGAGACGAAGAAGCUGGGAGAGGGCUCCUACGGAUCUGUGAGCAAGGCGAAGAACAAGACCACCAGCGCCGUCAGGGCGGUCAAGUCCAUCGCCAAGGCGCAGAUGAAGAAUCUCGAUCGCUUCAAGCAGGAGAUCGCCAUCAUGAAGAUGAUGGACCACCCAAAUAUUAUUCUUGCCUCUUGA